AUGUAUCCUCGAUCAAACGCUCGACCUGGCGCUCGACCUACAGCAGUAACUAGUAAUAAUUAUGGUGCAUCGAAUAAUCGAUCUUCUGCUAAUACAGGUUAUAGUAGUGGAUCUAUGGCACGAUCACAACCUGUUUCUCGGCGAUCAGCAAAUCAAUAUGAAAAUGAAUCAUCACCACCUCGAAAUACUGGUAAACAGCAAAAAUCCUCAGGUGGUGCAUAUGGUUAUGGCGAAUAUGAUUAUUUAUAUAAGAAUGCACCGGGAGGCUCUGGUCAACCACCAGCUAUGCCUAAAUUUGUAUUAUGUUACGUUUGUGGACGCAAAUAUGGAACACAAUCAAUUGAUAUUCAUGAACCUCAAUGUUUAGAAAAGUGGCACAUUGAAAAUGCUAAAUUACCUCCAAAUUUACGUCGACCAGCGCCACGUAAACCUGAUGUUCAUAUUAGCAGUGGUGGUAAUUUUUCUCUUGAUGAAAUAAAUGAUGCAGCUUAUGAAGCAUCAAAAGCUCAACUAGUGCCAUGUGAAAAUUGUGGACGCAGAUUUGCUGCUGAUCGUAUAUCAGUUCAUCAACGAAGUUGUAAACCAGGUCGUGCAGCCAAACCUAUUGGUGCACCGGCUGGUCCUAGUAGUGGCGGUGGACGAAUGGCUGAACGAUCUAUCCCACAACGAAGCAAUGCUUCUCAUGAUGAAUAUGAUGAUGAUGUACCAAUAAGUUCAUCAAAACGUGGUGGUAAUGCUGCAUUUGCAAGUAGUAAUACAUCAGGUGGUGCUGGUCUCUAUCCAUGUUCAAUAUGUAAUCGAUCAUUUGCCAGUGAUCGUAUACAACAACAUCAAGAAGCAUGUAGCAAAGCUAAUAAACAACGACGUGUAUUUGAUUCCACUAAACAACGAUUACAAGGAACUGAAGCAGCAGCAUAUUUUAGAAAAGGAAAAGGCGGCAAAGGUCCAAAUCAACCAGUUAAACCUUCAGUUCCAAAAUCAAAUUGGAGACAAAAACAUGAAGAUUUUAUUCGAGCUAUUCGUUAUGCUAAACAAGCAACUAAUUAUGAAAAAGCAGGUGGUCGUUUAGCUGAUCUACCUCCACCACCGGCUUCUGUUAAUCCAGAUUAUAUUCAAUGUCCACAUUGUGGACGUAAUUAUGCUCCAAAAGUAGCCGAACGACAUAUACCAAAAUGUGUUAAUAUUCUAGCUAAACCUAAACCUCCACCAGGUCUUAAUCGAAUGGGAACACAACAACGUACAGGUGUUGGUAGUAAUCGUCCAACUGCAUCGAACUACAACAGUACAUAUGGUGGUGUUAGUAAUAGUAGUGCAUAUCCACCUUCGAAUAGAUCAACACGUGGUGGUCGUUAUUAG